AUGGGUUCCAAUCCGGGAAUGACCCCAGACCAAAUCGCGCUCAUUAAGGCGACGGUGCCGGUUCUCGUUGAACAUGGCAACACCAUCACAACUGUCUUCUAUCGCAACAUGCUCGAAGCCCACCCGGAGCUGAACAACGUGUUCAACACUGCCAACCAGGUCAACGGCCAUCAACCUCGUGCGUUGGCCGGUGCACUCUACGCAUAUGCAUCGCAUAUCGAUGACCUCGGCGCACUAAGCUCAGCAGUUGAGUUGAUCUGCAACAAGCAUGCCUCUCUGUAUAUCAAGCCCGACGAUUACAAGAUUGUUGGUAAGUACCUCCUCGAAGCCAUGGGCGAGGUACUCGGCGUGGCAUUGACCCCAGAAAUCCACGACGCAUGGGGCACAGCCUACUGGCAGCUCGCAGAUAUCAUGAUCGGCCGCGAAAAGCAGCUUUACGAACACGCUGAGGGCUGGACUGACUGGAGAGAAUUCAAGAUUGUGAACAAAGUCAAGGAAUCCGAGGAAAUCACAUCCUUCUAUCUCGCCCCUGUCGAUGAAAAGCCACUGCCGGCCUUCCAGCCCGGCCAGUACAUUUCCAUCCAAACCUACGUUCCAGCUCUCAAGUACCCGCAGGCCAGACAGUACUCUCUUAGCGACCAGCCGAAGCCAGACUACUAUCGCAUCAGUGUGAAGAGAGAACUAGGCCUUAGCCCAGCCGCUCCAGAUGCUACCGCCCAUCCGGGUUACAUCUCGAAUGUACUACACGAUACAUUUAACAUUGGAGAUAAACUCAAUGUCUCCCACCCCUAUGGCGACUUUUUCCUUACCCCUGUCGAAUCGGAAACAAGUAUUCCGAUCGUGUUGAUCUCUGCUGGUGUGGGUCUAACGCCACUUACGUCGAUACUGAACACGUUGAUUUCGAAAGCGCCCGCAACCCGCAAACUGCAUUUCAUUCAUGGCGCUCGUUCAUCGGGCGCACGCGCUUUCAAGGAUCACAUCUCCGAGCUUCCGAAGCAAUUCCCCUCCAUUCAAACAACAUUCUUUACGAGUCACCCCUCCGAGGGAGAGACAGAAGGCGUGGACUACGACCAUGUCGGGCGGGUGGACUUGAGCAAGUUGGAGGAUCAGGACUUGUUCCUUGAUGAUGCCAAGACAGAUUACUAUAUUUGUGGACCUGGAAAGUUCAUGGCCGAUGUGGAGUCAGGCCUCAAGGCCAGGGGCGUGAGUGCCGACCGGAUCAAGAUGGAAUUGUUUGGAACCGGAGGUAUUCCUAAUUGA